CACCGAAACCCACCGCCUGCAUCUCUCUUCGAUAUUCAUGGCAACGAGAAUCACGAACAGCAAGAUUUCAUGAUUUCUGCUGUAAUGGGUGGUUGGCUAAACGUGAGUGACGUGAUGUUCAAGACAAAGCGAAUACUUGCAAUCAGUGCGAGUUCCAAGAGGAGCGGCAUAACUCGUCAAAAAAUCCUGCCAUUCCUGAAGAAGAAGAAAGACAAGCUGAACGGGAUAGAAACUCAAUUUUCGGACUCUCACCCUCCAUCUCCGCCGAGGACACGGCCGUUCCUUCACAGUGGUUUCUCGGGCGAGCAAACUCUGCCUGCGAACAACAAUGAUCCAGAGAGCUUCCACUGUGCGAUGGGGCCGAUUUUAGUGAUAGCUCAAUUGUUCGGAGUUUUACCGGUUUCAGGAAUAUGCAAACCGAGUCCGUCGCAGUUGAAAUUCGAAAAAUUUUCAUUUCGUACUAUCUAUACCGUUUUCAUAAACGCGUUGGUGUUGGUUAUGGCGAUAUUGGCGGUUAUUCACAUGAUAACAACGCUGAACUCCAAUACUUUCCAAGUGAAAGGAGGAGUAGCGUCUGCUACUGCAGGCGCGAUAUUUUACACGAACAGCGUGAUAGGCCUGAUAAUAUUUUUCUGGCUGGCUCCACGUUGGGUAACUCUUCAACGCGAUUGGAGGUCUAUGGAACAAUUUAUAGACAGUAAUAAGAUGGAACGACCGAAGCUCCGCUGGAAAUUCUAUGUGAUAACCGCUUCUAUUCUGCUCAUGGCUCUUGCCGAACAUAUCUUGAGUAUAUUAGUGAACACCACAAAGUACGACUGGAGCGGCAGGUCGGAAAAUUCGACAUUUCAAAAUUUUCUGCAAAUAUAUUGUAUGUCUUCUCACGCGUUUAUCAUGAAGACCCUGAGAUAUAACCUCGUGCUUGGUAUUUUCAUUUUUAUCGCCAGCAAACUGGCGACUUUCACGUGGAACUUCACUGACGUUUUCGUCAUGUUGGUAGCUACUGGCUUGGCCGAAAGAUACAAAAUGUUGAACAAACUAGUUGUAAGUUCUACAUCGAAGCAGCGGACAAUAGACUGGUGUGGUUUGCGCGAAGAUUACGCUGCUCUUAGUUGCUUGGUAAAAAAGGUUGACAACAAUGUCGCACCCAUCAUUUUACUGUCGUUUGCAAACAAUCUUUAUUUCAUCUGUUUACAGCUACUCAACGAAUUGUCAAAGCCAGAAAACGAUGGCAUAAUCAGCGACAUAUAUUUUUUCGGAUCCUUUGUGUUCCUGAUCGGCAGAACAGUGACCGUCACCCUACUCGCUGCUAGGAUCUACGAUCAAAGUAAAGAAAUAUUGCCGCUGUUGUAUACUUGUUCAGCGUCCGCUUACAACGUAGAGACAGAAAGGCUGAUAUAUCUACUCUCCACCGAUGACAUCAUGCUUACGGGAAUGCGUUUCUUCUCUAUUACGCGAAGCUUUAUGUUAGCGGUGACCGGUGCAAUUGUAACGUACGAAGUUGUACUGCUACAAUUUAACAUCUCGAACAACAAAUAAGUAUGUAACAGUGUAAUGUUGCCGAUAGGCAAACUGUUAUGCAAACUAGAUUGUAUAAUAUAAGUAUUUGUAUUCAUUGAAAUUAAAGAAAACUAUCCUACGCAUUAUCAUUUCCCCACAUUUUUAAAUAAAUGCUACAUUUUCUAUUUUACAAUUGCAUACUAUUUUUUUAAAUGUAUUUUCUAACAAUAAUGCACGGAAUAUUGAUUGUAACUAGAACAUGGUUAUUUUAAAAAUGUUGCACAAAAUGUUACUUUAACUACUAUUUAAAUUUUUUUUUCAAUUUGUAUCAUUUCAAUAUAUUUUCCAAUACAUAUUCACAUACGAUGUCAAGCUAUUUUCGAUCAUUUAAAGUAAACUGUUAUAAUUAUAUACAUGUAUAUAUAUAUUAUUCGUUAAUCUUACAUUUGCAUUCAGGUUGAGGUUGCAUAAGUUAAGGUUUCAAUGUGCUUUAGGAUUUAAUUAUAUCUUUCAAUCUCUGAUACUGUAUUUCUACGUAAAUAUAGGUAAUUCUUUUAAAAAAUAAUAUAUAUUCUCUGUAAAA